AUGGAACGGAAAGGGGUGACAUCAGUCGCUGUUGCAACCACUGGACAUGAAGGAAGCGUACUUUAUAGCAUUCGACACAAUGGCUCUUUCAAAACAUUACAAAGAGUGACAGGCUACAUGCUGAGAUUUAUCAACCAGGCCAGAAACCAAUCGCGGGAGUCAGACAUUCCCUUGAACGUACACGAAUUGGAAAAGGCGCUUGUGGUAAUCGUUCGUACAAUGCAGCAAUCGGACUUUGAGGAAGAGCUUCAGCACCUUAAAAAAUACAACGGAGUUCGCAAAAACAGUUCUUUCCGCAGCCUGUCACCGUUUCUGGACAAUAAUGGUAUCAUCCGAGUUGGAGGGCGUCUACAAGCAUCAGAACUUGCAUACGAUGCCAAACACCCUAUGCUAAUUCCACAUAACAAUUCACUCGCCAAAUUAUUAGUACAAAUGAUCCAUAAAGAAAACCGUCAUUGUGGACCUCAAGCGCUCUUAGCUUACACAAGGCAAAGAUUUUGGCCUAUAAAGGGAAAAUUGCUGACACGAUCAAUUGUGCUCAACUGCGUAAGAUGCACCAAGGCUAAGCCAAAACUAAUGAGUCAAAUUAUGGGGAACUUGCCUUCAACAAGA